AUGGAGUCUGUGUGAUUGAUUUGGUAUGCAACCGAGGUCCUCGAACACCUAACGGAUUGUGCGAUGGGAGAAAGUCGUCAUCAUCAUGAUUGACCUAUUUCUCGCAAUACGGAAUCCGGAUCCUGCAAGAUCGUGAAUGUCGCUGCGCGCGCUGUUUCUGCGAUCUAUUGGAUUUCAAGAAUCGAUCGAGCGUCGGGUGAUACGGAUCACAUGGGGCAACGCAUCACCUCGCCGAACUUUGAAUCCUUCGUGAUGUCCCCGGGGCCCUCGUGUGAACCUCACCCAUGAAACCUGAAAGGAGUUUGAUAUUCUUGAUGGCGAUCUGGGUUCCUCUUCGCGUGGGUGACAUGUGCUCAAUUUGAUGGAGGAGUGUGUAGAUUUCUUCACGACUCAGGACAUCUUCUUUGAUACGAUCUACCAGGGCAUCUGUAUUUUUUCUAUCGCAGAAUCACGGGAGCGAAGCGUAUACGAUGCCUGAAUUUUGUGAUUCACAACUGUUGCAAGGAAAUUCUUGGAAUUCAUUGACGAUUCUUCAAAGAGAUGAAUAAAUGGGUCAUCUGAAAAUUCCCUGUUCAGAGAGUAGAUGAAACCACUAUCUUGAAGAAGUAGCUAUUGUCAAUGUUGGCUCUGUCUUCGAUUUCAAUCUCUUCUUGGUGUGGAGAACCAAGCACUACUAGGAGAUCGAAGAUCGACCGCUGCCCCUUACCUGUGACACAUACAAGAUGGGUUGAUUAUCUUAUCUCGUCAAUUCGCACAGAAAGAUCUUCUCCCGUGUCCUGCUUGAGAACUCGAUAGCAGAAGCAAUUGAAAAUCGAGAGACAAUCGAAUAUUUGAGACGAACUCGUGUCAAGACUGUGACUUUAAGCCGCUGAUUCCUUCAGAAAACUCCCAGUUGUCGAAUGGAGGUCACCAAUUUGCCGAAAGGCCCCGACAUUCAGAGUCUGCUUAAAGUGAAGGGCAGUUUCACUGGUCCUGACGCCGGAAGCACUCUUACACUUGCACUGUGUGUCGUUCUCAAUAUUGCUUCUUGUCUCUGCGUCAAGAGAGGGAUAUUCAAGUCUCAAGAUAAUGGAACAACAUCAACCACAAGCACAACAUCAGGGCUCAUGCCCACAAACUAAAUUUGACAGACAACGAUAAUAUCCUGCACAUCCAUGUGGCCGAUUCGCAGAGCUAAGCAAUCCUUGGCAACUGUAUACACUUGGCCAAGUUGAUCUGAUGUGUGAGCCCGCGCUUUGUAUUCGGAUUCGGUGGAGUUUCUCAAAGUACCGAACUAGUUACAGUCUGGAUUUCUGAUAAAGAAGAUUCAUGACUCCCUAAAAUCACAGCCGUGAAGAUUGUCUCGUCUGGUCAUAGCUCGACUUCAAUUUCUGUGACACUGUAAUAGUCGGUAGAAGAGGAUCAAGCUGAGCAUCAUCAUGGCGGAGGGUGGAGACGAUGAGAUUUACGUCCUCAGAGACAUGUCUAAGAUUCCUGCAAUCACUCAGUUGGAUGAUCUAGUUCGUCAAGGUGCUCUCAAAGGCGAGAAAGCAUCUUACGCCAAGGAGAAAUGGGAAGCUCUGAAGGACACCUAUCUUUCAAUAACGGGCACGGAAAGGAAGCUAAAAAUUGAGGUCGAUGAGAUGGAGGUCCAGCUGAAGGGACUACAAAACGAGUUGGGACGGGUCCUCAAGUGCGCUGAGGAGGAUGAAGUAACGAUAGAUCUGGUUAAAGAAGAUGCUGAAGCAGCAGAAGCAGAAGCUGCUCUCAUGAGGGAGAAGGAACAGUCUGUUCUUAUGGAAGUCACCGAUCUUACUCGACUUCAAGAGCUUUAUCAUGAAAAGAUUCAGGAGAUCGAAAGAGAACAUGCCACUGCUCUUGCUCCCCUCCUCAACCGACUCAGGCUUGACAUCCAGGAUGCGAAGGAUUCAAUUGCUGAGAAUCACGUCAAGACAGAGCAAUGUACCAAGGAGAUUGAGGACUGUAAGAUCAAGGUUGAAGAAACGUUGGAGGAGAUUGCGAACAUCCGUAAUAGAAAGAAGGACCAGAUUGUCAGUAUCGACAGCCUUGAAGGUCAACCAGAAAAGUAUAGAAAACAGGCCGACAUUCUCAUAACAGCCGUGAAGGCCCUUCAGAUGCAAGAUCAGAAAUGGUUGGACAAGGUCAAAGAUGUGGAUGCUGGGAUAAGUAGUCAUCAAGCUAGUGUUAAGCAUCUACAAGAAGAGCUAGCCAAUGCUGCUAUCCAGAUUGAGAAGAAUCGUCUCCUCACAGAACAAAAGGAGAGACAAGCAGCUGACUUUCAAAGGGACCUUGAACUUGCCACACUUGAAGUUGAUGAUUAUCUUGCGGAUCAAGUUAAUGUGGAUAUGCAAUUGAGAUCACGAAUGCUAGAUCUCAAACUGGAUCAAGAGCACCUGGCAACACGCAACAAGGAGAAAGACAAGGCUUUACGUAGACUGAAGUAUGAAGAACAGCUGGUGGCCAAUAUCCAGUCGCAUUUACCUGCUCUUAUAAUGGACCGUGACAAAAUACACCACCAGGUUGUUCUAGUGGAGGCUGAGAAGAAGAAAGUUACGGCCCAGGUGGACGAAAUUCGAAGAGAAAUAGACAUUCAGAUGCACAAUCUUCUGAACGUGGAAGGUUUGGCGAAAGAAGUUUCCGCCGCCUUACGUGCAAGUCAUGAAAAAGUUUUAGCUCUGGAGAAGGAUGUAGUCGAAUGUGCUAAUAUUGAGCGAUUGAAGAACCAGCACAUAGUCAAUUUGACAGGCAUUAGGGAGCGGAUGAGCCGCCAGGCUGCUGUUAAACAUCACAUGUGGAAGGAAGCAGAGAAGAAACUACAUGUUGAAGAGAUAUUGCUCUUGAACACGCAAAAAAAACACGCAGAACUCCUGAAACAAGUGGAGGAUGGAAUAUCCAUGUAUAAUCUGGUUAGAAGUCAGCGAAACAAAUAUGCAGCCCUUGUUCAGGCAAGCGCCAUUUCUAUCGCCGAGAUGAAAGAUAAGCUGAUGCAGAUCAACACCGAAGUGGAAGCUCUGCAGAGUGAUGUGAAGUAUAAGGACAAAGUGCUCAACAAACAGAGGAGUGAGUUUCUCGUUAGUGUCAGAGGUCGCACUCGCGCUCUGACCGACCUUUCAAAAGCUACCAUUCUCCUUCGUGAGACCCAGGCGAAUGCAGAGGAAUAUGUGAUAGAAUUAAGUAAACUGGAGUUCUUCGUUACCUCAGCACAAAGAGAAAUGGACACGACCCGCAGGUUGUACGCAUUGGAGGUUACCAAGCGGAAUCAGACAGGGAUAGCCUUAAUUGACCGGAACGAUGAACUGUGUAUUUUGUAUGAGAAGUUUAAUGUUCAGGGCGAGCUAUUGAAAAAUUCGGAAUUGGAACUGUCGAAACGAAAUGAUGAGAUAAGAUUUCUGAAGAUACAAUGCAAACAUGUGAAGCAAUCGAUUUUUACUGCGUACCAAACGGCUCCAGAUUUCCCGGGAAUGUACAAAACUCUUGAAGAUCUUAGAAAUCAGCUGGAUGAGGCAAAAAAAUCCACUUCGAGAUUGGCAGACCUGGUGGAAAAUCCAGAGAACACUACAAGGUGGCGACUACUGCCUGGGCGGGACUUGAAUGAGCUGGAUCUUCAUGCCAAAAUGACCGCUAUUGAAGAAUUUCUUUCUGCAAAAGCAGAUCAGGCUUUAGAAAAAAAUCUUAUCCUUGAAGAGAUCACAGCUCUAGCUGAAGAAUGUAAGAGGCAAGCAGGAGACGGAAAAGAUGGCCACCUUGCUAGGUUAGGGAAGGUAAACUUUUACCAAAGGUUCAUGGACUCCAUCACAAGGCGUCUCAUGGCCACAGUCUCAGAGCUAUCUCUUUGUCAGGCUACCGCCAUGAGCUUGAAGGAAGAAAGAGACAGGCUUACUAAACAAUUGUACGCAGCUUACACAAGACUGGCAGUCGGAGAGGCUCCUACAGAGAAAGCCUUGAGAGAUUGGGAUGCAAAGCAACGAGAGAGGAAGCUGCUGCGGAAGUUGGAAACUGCUCGAGAACAGGCCCGAUUAGAAGAACAGCUGGACGUUGAAAGAAGAGCUCAGGCACUACUAAAAUCGACAGCAGAGCAAAGGCCAAAUGCUUACAUCGAAAACGACCUAGGCUUGCCCAAGCCUUUCGGUUUGUAUGCUCCCUUCAAACCAUCAGAUAUUGGAGGCCAACUGAAAUACUAUCACAGGCCUGACAGCAAGCCGGUGGAGCUUUGAGAUCACAGUAUAAGGAUUAUCUUAGUCCCCUUGCCUUCCCUCGAGCCCAGCUUUCGACUUCAGUCACGCAUUUUCCUUGCAUGCCUUCAGUUUGUUACGCUCUGGAAGCGCAAGGAUUGACAAGCGUAUGGAGUCUCAACAGCUGCGGAUAGAUUGUAGUUAACUUGAGACCACGUCCGGAAAAUGUUUUUGUAUAGCUUGCGUCACAGCACAUUCGUGUUGUAAAUUUGCUAGAUGAAUAUUGUUAAAUCUUUGUUACAAGCAGAAUAUUAAGGGUGAUUUCAAGUUUAUGUUUCUGUCUCUUACUUGCACGAAUGGA